AUGAAAGGGACAAGCAACCAUGACCAAGAACGUCACCUACCAUGUCGGCGAUAUCCUGAAGUCGCAGGCAGCCGCGCUCGUCAACCCAGUCAACUGCGAAGGCGCAGUUUCUGGGUUGGCGCAGCAGUUCAAGCGGGCGUACCCCGACAACUACCGUACCUACCGCGACACCAUCGCGAUCGGCUGGCUACGGCUCGGUCGGGUGCUGGCG